GGGUCGAGAACGCGCGGGAGGUUGAUACAUUUGUUGCCAUUACGUUGAACGGUUUAUUGAAACUUUAAGUCUGUUUUUCAAUCAUAUCUUAAACGGAACGGUAUUCAAUAUUUUUGUUCUUGUGUUCUAUAUGAAAUUCUUUUUACUACGGAAAAAAAAUAUUAUUGGCGUAUAAUAAGUGACAAAAUACUAGUGGCGGGAAACCGUUUGAUAUCUCGCUUGACGUGUUGUGUUCUAUGUGUACAUAGAGAGAAGAGCCGUCUGCCCUAGAGGGCGGCCGACAUGCUGGAUUCGUCGUGAAUCGAUAUUUUUGGAUCGUUGCAAAGCAAAAACCAUGAGGUUUGCAGCUUAUUAAAGGACAGAGGAUGGAAAAUGAGAAAGGUGAACAAUGACAGCAUGUCCCCGCCGCGAGCGAUGACCCUGCAGGGCGCCGGGGGUCGCGAGCCGCCGGCGGGGCCCGCCCGGCACCACACGCCCCUCGACCCGCCCUCGAUACCACGUUUUAUAAAAAAUUUCACGCUUAUUAGGCUAUAUCUACUAUUUCUACGGGUGAUAUCAUAUUUACACGAAGCCUCACUCCCGCGGGCGCGUGCGAACUUUAAUUUUCCAAAGCGUCCGCUAGUCAAAUUAAAAGCGACUGUGAAUGUGUUUGAAUUUCGAACUAGUACAUUGUUUCGCGAUAUUAAGUCGUUAUUAGUAAAUGCUGUAGUGCAAUUAUUCGUUGUUGCCAAGUGUGUUGUGAGCGUGACGCGUGUUCGAGGCUGCGGCUGUGCGGUCUUGCUGCUUCUAUUGAGUGGACUCUGUAAAUACAGCGAAGGGAAGCGUGAUGAUGACUUGCAUAUUGGAGGUAUAUUUCCCAUGGAGGGCGAGGGGGGAUGGCAGGGCGGGCAAGCGUGUAAGCCAGCCGCUGAAUUGGCUUUAGCUGAUGUCAACGCAAGAUCGGACCUUUUAUCGGGCUUCAAAUUACUUCUUCACAGCAACGAUAGUAAGUGUGAACCCGGUCUCGGUGCGAGUGUGAUGUACAAUUUACUGUACAAUCCGCCGCAGAAGUUGUUACUACUCGCAGGAUGUUCCACUGUCUGCACGACAGUUGCAGAGGCUGCCAAAAUGUGGAACCUUAUGGUUCUCUGUUACGGCGCGUCAUCGCCAGCUCUGUCGGACCGUGCGCGUUUUCCUACGCUCUUCCGAACACAUCCUUCUGCAACUGUUCAUAACCCCACAAGGAUUAAACUCAUGCAGAAGUUCGGUUGGUCACGCAUCGCUAUAUUGCAACAAGCUGAAGAGGUUUUCAUAUCGACUGUCGAAGAUCUAGAAGCUCAUUGCAAGAAAUCUGGAAUAGAGAUAGUCACACGGCAAUCAUUCUUAUCGGAUCCCAGCGAUGCUGUUCGUAAUCUCCGAAGACAAGACGCAAGGGUGAUUGUUGGUCUUUUCUACGUGGUCGCAGCCAGACGAGUUCUCUGUGAAGUUUAUAAGCACAAGCUGUAUGGGAAGUCCUACGUCUGGUUCUUUAUUGGUUGGUACGAAGAUAACUGGUUCGAGACGAACCUGGAACGGGAAGGUUUAGAAUGCACAGCGGAUCAAAUGCGAGAGGCAGCUGAGGGCCACCUCACAACAGAGGCGCUCAUGUGGAAUCAGAAUGCCAAUCAAACAACUAUCUCUGGCAUGACGUCGGAAGAUUUUCGGUCACGUUUGAACGAAGCACUUCGUGAAGCCGGCUAUAACAUCGACGGCGAAAGAUUUCCAGAAGGAUAUCAAGAAGCGCCUUUAGCCUACGACGCAGUUUGGGCCGUGGCGCUCGCUUUCAAUAAAACGAUGGAGAAACUCGAAAAGAACGGGUUGAGUUUAAAGAAUUUUACUUACACAAACAAGAAAAUUGCUGAUGAUAUUUACGAAGCUAUAAACUCGACGUCAUUCCUAGGCGUUUCGGGAUUGGUAGCUUUCUCCUCUCAAGGCGAUCGCAUAGCGCUGACACAGAUAGAGCAGUUAACCGACAACCACUACGUGAAGCUCGGAUACUAUGACACUCAAGAAGACAACCUCACGUGGCUGGACAGGGAACGAUGGGUUGGUGGUAAGGUACCUCCCGACCGUACCGUGGUGGUUAACGAGCUGCGUACAGUAUCGCUGUCAUUAUUCGCCUGCAUGACGGCGCUUUGCAUCGCAGGCAUUCUAGCCGCUAUCGGCUUAAUAGUCUUCAACAUCUUUCACAGACACAGAAGAGUGAUCCAAUGGUCACAUCCAGCAUGCAACACUGUUAUGCUCUGUGGUUGCUGUGUCUGCUUCGGUGCCGCCAUCGCUCUCGGAGUCGAUGGCCGAUGGGUCCAGCCGCAACACUUCCCUGGUCUAUGCGCUGCCAGAGCCUGGCUUCUCGCAAUCGGCUUUUCCAUGGCCUAUGGCGCAAUGUUUACAAAAGUGUGGCGCGUCCAUCGACACACAACUAAACCUAAACCGGAAACCAAGAAACGCAUGCAUGGAUGGAAACUGUACACCAUGGUUGGCGGCUUACUCGUCGUCGACGUGGCUCUUUUGACCGCGUGGCAGCUGCGUGACCCAUUACAGCGACGGGUGGAAAUAUUCCCUCUGGAAGCGCCAAGGCACCACGACGACGACGUGCACAUCAGACCCGAGCUGGAGCACUGUGAGAGCGAACACAAUACUGUUUGGCUAGGUGUUAUGUACGGAUACAAAGGAUUGGUGUUAGUUUUUGGACUGUUUCUUGCGUACGAGACUCGCUCGGUUAAAGUGCGACAAAUCAACGAUUCUCGUUACGUCGGCAUGAGUAUCUACAAUGUGGUUGUGCUGUGUCUCAUCACAGCGCCCGUGACGCUGGUGAUAGCUAGCCAGCAGGACGCGGCGUUCGCAUUCGUCUCACUAGCGAUCGUGUUCUGCUGUUUUCUAAGCAUGGCGCUUAUAUUUAUACCCAAGGUGAUAGAGGUUAUACGGCACCCGACGGAGCGCGCGGAAAGUGGUCGGGGAUCGGGUUCGGGCUCCGCCCCCGCAGACGAGGAGCGAUACCGAGAACUCGUCAAGGAAAAUGAGGAAUUGCAGAAACUUAUCGCACAGAAGGAGGAACGGAUCCGCGUGCUGAAACAGAAACUAGCAGAACGCGAGGCCGCAGCAGCGGAUGGAGUAACGCAAGGUACGGGGGCGGUAAUAGCUGACCUCGCCACCGCCACAUCUGACUACGGCACUUCCACCAACUACACAAGAUCCUCCCGUGCCUCUGUAUCUGACUUAGACUUCUCAGAAAGCUACCUCUAAACGCACGUACCUCUGAAUGCUGAGUAAGGGAAUAAGCGCACGUUGUUGAUAUAUACGAGAGGUUGAUUUUUUUACAUCUUAAUUUGACCCGAAACUAUUUGUCACCUGUAUUGUGAGUAACGGUUCUUGAAUGUAUGUUAAGUGUGUGUUCUGUAGAGUUGAAUGCCUCUGCCCUUUCAUUUACCAGAUAUAUUUUUUUCUAUCACAACCACUUGUCAGCAGUGCGCAGGUGUGUGUGUGUGUGAAAAUACGUGUU